UUGCGUGAUGACAUUGAGGAGACUGAGGCGGCGGCAGCGAGGCACAUUCCCGGUGACGUGGCUAAGGAGUUACAUAAGCUCUCAGCUUUUAUAGUGGAGGAGUCUGAUGGCCAAGAUAAGAAACUGGAGGAAAUACGGAUUAGCACAAGCGCUACGGAGAGUAAGAUAGCUGACAUAGCUGAUCGGAUUGGUGAGGUCGAGAACCGGCUGUGCUUUUUGGAAGAUGAGCACGAGAGGCGAAAGGCUAACCCGGCGGCCACUGCUGAUGAAGUUGCGCUACUCCAGCAGAAGCUAGACAUUGAAAACAGAGAACGAAGGAAUAAUUUGCGCUUUGUAGGAUUUCCUGAGGGCUGUGAUGAUCAUGAUGCUGUGCAUUUUUUGGAAGAAACCAUACCAAAGAUCUUUAACCUGGAUUUCCCAAAGGGACUGGAAAAUGAGAGGGCACACAGAAUCGGAGCUCUGCCAAAGAGGUACGACGGUGACCAGCCUCCGCGAGCGAGACCGCUUAUUGCUAGAUUUCUGAGACUUACUUGGCGGUGGCAAGGUGAGCACGGCUUUGAUGUGCUUUAUGUAGUAUUUGGUUUGAAUUUUUGA